AUGGUGGCUGCCGCCGAGGUUUUGAGAGAAGAGAUUGAGGAUGGGAAUUGGCUUACAAACUUGAAAAGCUUACAGAUAUCCUGUAGUAAGGUCACAGAUUUCGGCAUCACCUGUUUAAAAGAAUUAUGGAAUUGGUUGUUACUGAUUAUUAAACUUCUAUUCCUUGAAAUUCUUUAUACUUUCAAAUCUGUUUCAGGCCUGCAAAAGCUUUCUAUUUUGAACUUGGAGGGCUGCCCGGUUACUGCUUCAUGCCUGGAUUCUCUUUCUGUUCUUGCAUCUCUGUUAUAUUUGAAUCUUAGCAGGUGCAAUUUCUUUGAUGAUGGAUGUGAGAGGUUUUCUAAGCUAGGUAAUCUGAAGAUAUUAAACUUGGGUUUCAAUGACAUCAGUGAUUCGAGUUUGAUACAUCUGAAAGGUUUGACAAAUUUAGAGAGCUUGAACUUGGAUUCAUGUAGAAUUGGUGAUGAUGGGCUGGUUCAUUUAUCAGGUCUUCAACGAUUGAAAUGUUUGGAGUUGUCUGAUACUAAAGUUGGAAGCAAUGGCCUUCACUAUCUUUCUGGUUUGGUUAAUCUGGAGAGCAUAAACCUUUUAUUUACUGGAGUUACAGAUGGUGGUUUAAGAAAAUUGUCUGGACUCUCGUCUCUGAAAUCACUCAACCUGGAUUCUCGUCAAAUCACAGAUGCCAGACUUGCAACUCUUACCAGUAUGACUGUUUGGAGUGCCUAUUUCAGUUCUUUGAAUGGUCCUUUUAGUUCUUUAACAUGA